GGCCGCCGCGGCGCUGGGCCUCUGCCUGGUCACGCGACGCCUGCCUGCCUUCGGCGUGGGCGCCGCGCUGCUGCCAGGGCUGCCGGAGGCGCUGGCGAACGCCUGCGAGGUGGGCGGCGGGCGUGCGCCGUGGGGCGCCGCGGUGACGCUGACGCUUCUGGCGCGGGGGCUGCCACUGGUGAUGUACGCCGAGGGGCUCGUGUGCGGCAUGGCUGCGCUUGGUGGCCUGCCGUGCGCGUGGCUCUGGCACGCCUCUGCCCUGCUCUGCCUGGCGUCGCUGGCAGCGCGGCUGCAGUCGCUUCUCGCGGCCUACGACCGGGACGGCCCCACCCCUCCCACCGUCGAGCUCGAGGCGACCGCCGACGGGUGUGCUGCGGCCGCGGCCGCGGCCGCGACAGCUGGCGGUGAUGCUGAGGCCGCACGUGGCCUCGACGCUGGCGCUGUGGGCCCGGAGGAGCUGCGCGGGCACGCGGGCCGCGCGAGCUGCUGGGUGGCCGUCGGGGGCAUCGUCUGCGACGUGACCGCGUUCCUCGACGAGCACCCCGGAGGCCCAGAGAGCCUCCUUGUUCACGGAGGCGCCGACGCUUCCGCGGCCUUUGAGGCCGCAGGCCACUCCGCGGCCGCGCGGCGGCAGGUUGCCCAGCUAGCGGUGGGGCCGUUGCAGCGGCGGCCUUGCGAGCAGGAGCCGACGCCAGGUUACGACCUCAUGUCGGAGCCGCGCGGGGCCUCUGAGCUCGCGCUGGCCGCGGCCCACGCGGCGGCGCUGGCGGCAGCGCUGGUGUCAGCCCGGGCGCUGCCAGGGGAGCGUUCGGCGAGUUCCGUGCUGCUGCCGAUGGCCGCCGUGGGCGCCGGCUCAUUGGCGCUGCCCUCGGGACCAAGGGCAGGUGCCUCCUCCAGGCUGGCUUGCGCCCCGGGGGCGGCGCUCGCGACGCUGGUGGCUGCGGCGCAGCUCGCGCCUUGGCGCGGCCUCGCUCUCGGCGCCGCCGCCACGCUGCUGGCCGAGAGCUUCGCAAGGCCGGCGACACGCUGGCCGCCAGCAGCGGUGGCUGGCUGGGCGCUGCUGGCGCUGCACCUCGUGCCUGGGGCAGACGGGUGGCCCCGCGGCGACGGGCAGGACUGCAGCUGUUUCAGCCGCGAGUUCCAAAGCUGCCUGGCCGCGGCCGCGACUGCCACGGCACUGCGCACGCUGUGCCACACGGCCCGUGCCGCGAGAGAUUAUGUGGUCGACGUCGUGCGCGUCGCGGGAGCGCUAUCGCUCCUCGCGAGCGUGUCUCUGCGGCUCAUUGUGGCCGGAGCGCCGGGCGACGCCUUCUCUUGGCCGGCGUGGUUGGGGCUCGCCUCGCCAUCGGCUGCUCCAGCGGCCGUCGGUUCUGUGGCCUUCACGCUGCUGGCGGCAUUACUCCUGCGCACUCUGGCCGACCUCGUGGCUCUCGGCUCAGCGGGCGGCGCGGCGGCCUGGCUUGCGAUGGUUCUGGGUCCCGCGGCGGCGGCGGCGGAGCUGUGGGAGGCCGCCUCAACGAUUAGGGCCCUGGCAGUGCUGGGCUGGGUGCUGCAGGUCGUCCGCCUCGCCCGCGAGCUCGAGGCCUCUGUGAGGGGCCCGCCCCGCGCCUCGGGGCCGCUGGCGCUGGCCUGCGUGCGCGCGCACUUCUUGGUCGACAACUGCCGCACGCUGCUCGCCCUGCUGCUGUGGAGGGCCGCGGGCAAGCCGCUGGAGGCCGCGGUCAGCGCGCUGCUUCCGACGGGCCUGCGUGUGUGGGCCUUCGAGGCGCCCAUCGACGACCUGGGGGGCCAGCUGCGAGCGGGGGUCUGCCUGAUGCUCCGUGGCGCGCAGGCCGCCCCCGGGCACGUGGUCUGCAACGUCGGCCACCUGCCCACGGCGGACGUGGGCGACGUCCGCGCGACCGUGAAGGCCUCUCUGGACAUCAUGCGCGAGCUGGGUGGCCUCGACGGCCGCGGCCCACCCGCGCCUGGCUUCGUGGGCCAGCUGCUCUGCGUCGUGCCGGAGGUAGGCGCCGCUGGCGGCCCCAUGCUCGGCGUCAACUGGCGGUCGGUGCAGGAGAUCAACCUGUCGAUCUGGAGCAGCCCAGAGGCCGCGGCGGAGUGGUACCGCGGCUCCCCAGCCCACGCUGGCAUCGUCGCGGCCCACGCCGGGCACGGCCCUGGCCGUUUGCGCACCUUCGGCAACCUGCUGCUGUCGCUGAAGCCGCUGCGCGUGAGCUGGCAGCGCCGCUGCCGCGCCUGCGCGGGCGUCGCGGAGGGCCUCGAUGCCGACAGGUGCCCCAGCUGCGACGGCUCGACGUUCCCGCUGCCGGCAUUCUGAGGGGCCGCUGGCGGCGUGAGCGAGAGGCUGGAGGCGGCCAGAUGCGGCCAGGGUCGCCAGACUUGCAGGACCAUGCCGUCGGGCACACUGCUGUGCCUCGUGCACGCUGUCUCGCGCCAGUUCACGGCCGCGCGCCGCCCUCUGCAUGCCUGUCAGGUGCACGAGGGUCGGCGUUUGACUUAGGUUGCCAGGCUUUUCCGAGGACGGGUGUGGGCAGAUGUAUUGCCUUCGAUAUAUAGUCGGACUCGCCGUGAAUCCAAAUUGCACCAUGAGCCAUGUGUGUCCUCGUGUUCCUCUCCAUCGCCCUCGUACUCGCAGGCGUCAUCUUCCUCGUCGUCGUCUUCGUCCUC